AGGGAGUGAUUAGAUUUCGGAAAAUGUUAAACUUGCAAACUAAGUUAGUAGAUCUUGCGCAUGUGCGCGUUUGAUUGAGAGUUGUUGACAAGCUGCACGGACACACACACACACAUAUUUCACACUGACAGACGCACACACAACACACAAGAAGGAGAGAGAGGAGAGGGGGCGGGUUUGUGGGGUGGUGGGGGUGAUCGAGAAUAGAGAGAGCGCCAGAGCACCGCGGCUCUUCCCCCCCCCCUCCCCAGCAGGCUCCGGUCCAGCCUGUGUGGUCCGUCAGGCUGGGGUGUGCUCUCCUCCGCUGUUGCUAAGGAGAUGGACGUCUCGAACGGAGCUGCGGCCCGGGCUGAAUUGUCCACGUCGUCCCCUCCUCGACAGCCUGUCGUCAUUCAGCGUGCAGCGCGUGUAUAUGUGUUUGCCGGAAUCAUCGCGAACAACGUGACGCGUCAGCGGCAGCCAGGACCAGUGGAGCUGCAGCCGAGGAGCUGAAGAAGCAAGGGUUUGACUGGCAGCCGCUUGGCGUCCAAGGCAGGGGAGAGGCACGGCCGCGGCGAGUGCCGGUCAGCGAAUGUUACCUGGCGAGGACGUCGACGUAGGCUUGCGAACGGAGCAUGGCGUCCACAGGCAUGCAGAUAUUUGGAUUUGUGCUGGCGCUGUUGGGCAUCAUGGGUGCCAUGGUGGCCACUCUGCUGCCCAACUGGAAGGUGAGCGCCGACGUGGGCUCCAACAUCAUCACGGCCAUCUCCCAGAUGCAGGGACUGUGGAUGGACUGCACAUGGUACAGCACGGGAAUGUUCAGCUGCACACUGAAAUAUUCCGUGCUUUCACUCCCCGCGUACCUGCAGACUGCGCGCACCACCAUGGUGUUGUGCUGCGUACUGGCAGCCAUGGGCCUCUGCCUGGCAUCCCUGGGACUGAAGUGCACACGCUGGGGAGGGGGCCGGCGUUCCAAGCGGCACGCGGCCAUCGCCAGCGGCGGGUGUUUCGUCGCAGCUGGAUUUCUGUGUCUGGUGCCUGCUUCCUGGUUUACCAACGAGGUCAUCACCAACUUCUUGGACUCCACUGUGCCCGAGAGCAAUAAGUUCGAGCCCGGGGGUGCCGUGUACGUGGCCUUCGUUUCCGCCGGGUUCCUCCUAAUGGGGGGCUCCAUCUUCUGCAUGUCCUGCUCGGGGAAGAGGCACGGCCCCCAGGACCUGGUCCUGCUCCCCCCGCCUGACAAAUUGCUACUGCAGCAACAGCAGCAACAGCUGCUCCAACAACAGGAGCUCCAGCACCAGUAUUGUUCUCUCUCCCCGCUAGACAAUAAGACUGGCUACAGCCUGCAGGACUAUGUGUAGGAAGGCAGUGUUGUGUAUCCGCAAGCUUACAGGCGAGGGGGAGGAGUGGACGAUCACAGCUUAUGCUUGAAGAGAAGGCUGUGCUCCACACAGGUGGGAAAAUAUGAGAGGGAGAAUAACUAUCUCCUGCUUUCGUGUCUUGCGCCUGUCUUUCUUCUGUUUUUGCAAGCACAAGCAUCGGGGGUAAUCCCUGAGCUGCACCUUGGAACAAACAGAUUGAAGUCGUCAGGAGCACAGAUGAGGUGCUGCACAAUUGAAGGGAACCGCUAACCAAAAGCAAGACAUCCUUCAUCAGUAAAUCACCGAGAGGGUUCCUUGGGGAGUGGAUUAAGCAAAUAGGAAGGAUUUUUUUUUUUCCCCCCCUCGCCCAAGGUUUGAAUCGAAAGAAAAGAAAACACAAAAGCAAUCAGUUAGCUGCUAUUUACAAUCUUUUGGAGCUCUCUCAAUUGACAACAAACGCAGUAGGUGGACGUCCUUUCGUAAAUGGCCAUAUUUUUGUUUGCUGUUCCAGUGACUUUGAUGUCUUGCCGCUAAGCAUGCUCUGUGUGGCGCCUGUCUUGUGUUUUAAUACAGCGGGAUGUUCGGUCGAAGUCUGAGACAUAGUCACACAAUAUGCCUGUGCCUGAAAAAGCUGUAGAGACAUUAGCGUGUGCUAAGUGUUCAAAGAGGUGGAGACGUGGGCUGCUGGGCAGGAUUUGAGCAAAUGCAGACAAACAGAUGCCUGCUCUCCUCCUCUCGGCAGGUGCAAAUGUGAGCGAGAUGGAGAGAAACGAACACCAAAGAGAGAUUGAAUGCAUGAGCGGACCAUGUGGGAGUGCGGUCGUUAUCAUAUUGCCCUCCUGAAAACACCCCGUCGCUAAACUGCCAAUUCUGGCCAAUGUAACCAUUGCUGGGACACACACACACACACACACACCAGCGCCUCAUUAGACAUGCACUCCCCCACUCCUUCACAUACUUGUGUGUGUCCUUACAGACACAGUAAAGAGACACACACAUGCUGGUUUUUGCAUCUGUUUUCACCCCUACCAUCCUCCUCCAUGCUACCAUGGAAACCAAAUUAUUGUCUGAGGGCUGGUGCUUGUCAGCCAAGUGAUUUGUUUGUGGUAGGACAUCUUUUUUUUUUUUGCUGCGUCCCAUUGUUCCAUAAGCUUCGAUCAGAGCCUCUGCGUACACAACUUAGUCUAAUCCCCUUUAUUAGCCAGUAAGAAGAGGCAGCAUCCAUGUUUAAUUGUUUAGCCAUUUAUUUAUUUUUUUGCUCAGACACAUUUCGUGGUAAGAGUGGUAUAGAGGCAAACGUGAAGUCUCAAGUCUCGUUCGACUGGCUGACUAUGUGGCGGGCAGCUAAAAAAGGUUUGAGUCAUUCUCCAUAUGUGACUUGUUUUCCAAGCUUGUCAGCAUUGAGACUGCACCUGCACAAGGUCUCAAUGUCUUAAAUAGGAGCCACUUGACUGCAACCCCCCCAGCAACACACAUGCACAUACACACACUUUCUCUGUCCUGCUUCCGUCAUUCGUCACAUGGAUGUGAUAGCAGAACUCUGAUACGUUAAAAGCGUGACCUAACACACACACACACACACAUACAUACAUACAUACGCUCACCGACUCAAAUGUCAGGGGCACUGUUGCGCCUUCACACAUCCAUGUCCCACUGUGCGUGUACUGUUUUCUAAAGCAGGAGUGGAGAAACAUUGGAAUUAUAAUUGAGACAGGCUUUGGCAGCGAUGCAUAGGACCGCACAGAUCCCUCCUUCUCUCUCAUAAACACACAGCUUUCUGUGGAGCGAGCAGAUGGCUAAGCCACGCUCGCCACCUGCAGGUCGAUGCCGGCGCACCGCGAGGCGUCACCGUGGGCAUCAUCUCCAGUCCUGGCAGCCCUCCGGGACCAGGUUUCUACGCCAUCUUGCCCCAGCAUCUCCAACAGAACUGGCCUGCUGACAAUAACUCCGUGCCCAGGCACCAGAACCAAUGCAAUAAACAAAAGCGCUAAGAAUGUGUCAUGUCAUCAACUAAUACUGACGUUUUUGCGUUUCAAGAAUGUGCCAAAUACUGUAGUCUCAUGAUGACAUUUUAUUACUAUCCGGAAUCCUUUAUCUUUAUUUUUAUAAUGUGUUGUUUGUACGUGAAUUGUACAUUAGCGAAUGCUUUAUGGAUUUAUUCUGCCAGACUCAGUUUCAAGUCAACUAGAUGCUUGUGUGCAGUCCAGGGCGGCUUUCGAGGGUUAUUUCAAAUCCUCUUUAUUCCUGAUUUCCCAAAGCACAGAGAGAUUCACUAAGCAUGAGUGUAGGGAGGACAUGAGUGUGGUAUUUUCUAAAUACAUAUUUUCAUUCAGGAGUAUUCAAGGGUCUGUGGCAGCUGUACAGCUGUACACAAGUAUCAACGUGUUUGUUUAUGCUGAGGGACUUAGAAUUUCCUUAGAUUGUUCCAAUAGAAGAUACAAUACCAUGAUCAUACCAUAUCUUCUUUAUAAGAAGAGUACUCCAAUGCACCUUUUUUGUGUUACUAUUUUGAGAGUAGUUUGUUUCAAAUGGUUGAGCAUUUCAAGCUCCCUGCACCAGUACAAACACAACACAAGUGGCACUCUGGAAGAAAAAAAGGCAAUGACGUCUGACCGCUCCAGCAGGGAGUUACGAGCUAGAGGUUCCUCUUUUUUGUGUGUCUGUGCAGCUUGAUAUCAGCACGCAAUUUCAUUAGCUUAGAAAUGGCCCGAGUGCAACGUGGUCCUAAGAAUUUAAAGAGUUACAAAUGUGCAUAGAAACUGUACCAAUAUAUUGAUUUAUCUUUUUUGAUAAACCGCAGCUUAUUUUUGUGGACGCUUUAGCACUUCUUACUUUGCCAGAGCAUAUUUGUGAUGAUGAGCAGCUCACAAGUUCCGAAACAGUCGUCUCAAUGUGCUUGUGCAAGUAAUUCUAUUUUCUACUAAUAAAACUAUUUUAUGAAAGCG